UCAUCUCCUCCAUAUAGUUUGGAUCUUCUUCUUCUUCUUCUCUUUCUUCCUCUUCCUCCUCCUCUCCCUUGGCAGAUACCAUCAGGUCCAAAAUUUGGGCACACAUAUCUAUAUAGAUAUAGUUACAUACAUAGCAUACACACAUGGCACCAGUUUCACUGCCUCCUGGUUUCAGGUUCCACCCUACGGAUGAAGAGCUGGUUGCUUACUAUCUCAAAAGAAAGAUCAAUGGCCACAGGAUUGAGUUAGAGAUCAUCCCCGAAGUUGAUCUCUACAAGUGCGAACCCUGGGACUUGCCUGGAAAGUCGUUGCUACCUGGCAAAGAUUUGGAGUGGUAUUUCUUCAGUCCUCGGGAUAGGAAGUACCCAAACGGGUCAAGAACAAACCGAGCCACCAAAUCCGGAUAUUGGAAGGCCACAGGCAAAGACAGGAAAGUGAAUUCCCAAUCUCGUGCAGUGGGUAUGAAGAAAACCCUAGUUUACUAUCGAGGCCGAGCCCCUCAUGGUUGUCGUACCAACUGGGUUAUGCAUGAGUAUCGUCUUGACGAGAGAGAAUGUGAAGCUGCUUCUUCUGGCCUUCAGGAUGCAUAUGCUCUCUGUCGUGUGUUCAAGAAGACUGCAGUUAUAACCACGAAAAUCGGAGACCACUACGUGAGUGGGAAUCAGAUUAUUACAAGUGACCAGUCAUCCAGCAUUGAACUGUACUCCGAAGGAAGAUCAGGAGAAGAUUUAGAGAGCUCAGAUUAUUUGAUGCCUCUGGAUCAUAGCUCAUCACCCAACAUUGGAAAUGCCCCUUCAUCAGGACCAAGAGAUCAUGGCAAAUGGUCACAGGCACAGUUCAUAUCUGAAGAUCCCUUCUUUCUUCCAGAUUCCUCUUCACUAUUUUCCAACUAUGGCUCCAUGCCCUACCCUCCAUCCAAGGUGGAUAUAGCACUAGAGUGUGCAAGGAUGCAGCACAGGUUUUCUCCAAUGGAGGACUUUCCUUCAGAACUGAAGAUGCAACCACAAUAUGGUGGGCCAAAAAAUGAAACUGAUGAGUUAUUACAGGAGAUUCUCUCAGUUGCUCAUGCUUCUCAGGAUCUCAUAAACCAGUCUUCUAAAUAUUCUUCUCACUCAUGGGGUGCUACUAGCACAGCAAACCAACAUCAUUACGCUCCUUCUGAACGAGAAGAAGAUUUCACCUUCAUGGUUGGCCGAGAUAGUACUGCUAAUGACUAUAACUAUUAUAACAAUGCCUGCUCGGAAGACCCAGUACUGCUAAACACAAGGUCGAUAGAGAUUGGAGAUCUGGAUGAUGAUUUCAAAGCAGAGAGGAUCGUGGAGAAUUUAAGAUGGGUUGGUAUGUCAAGCAAAGAGUUGGAAUUUAAGAGCUUAACGGAAGGUCGAAAAAUUGUUCCGAUCGAGGAUAUUUCAAGUUUCCGAACAAACAGGGAGGGGAAUGAACUGCUGCAAGCAGAAUGUGAUAAUCAGCAAGAAAAUAGAAGAAAGGAACUCAAUGACACUGACAUAAACGACAUCUCAUUAGAGUUUAUCAACGAGGAUGACACUAAUGAGAACUUCAUAGACGAAGAAGGCGAUUAUUCAAGUUCUCCAAGCUUUGAGGUGGUUGAGGAAGUCAAAGUCAGCCAUGGAAUGUUUGUGUCCACAAGACAAGUAGCUGACACAUUCUUUCACCAAAUAGUUCCUUCACAAACCCUCAAGGUUCACCUCAAUCCAGUGAUAAUGGCGCACAAUUAUCACUCAGUGGAGAGCAUAGACACAGUUUCUUUCUUUAGAAACUUGAAGGCCUGUGCGAAAACAAUAUCAAGUCCCAUAAUAUUCAUACUUUCGCUUCUGCUAAUGCAUUGUAUUUAUUAUUCAGAUUCUGAUCAGGAUGUGAAGGGGAGAAGUUGGAGUGGUGCUGCUAAUAAUUGCAAUAACAGCAUGAAGAGAAUGAGAGAAUAUGAUGAUGAUGAGAAAAUCAAGUGGGAUAAUGAGAAGGAAAAGGUUUGGUUUGUGAGCACUAGAAGUGGGAAAGGAUUCAGUGUGGUGUUGAAGAAGAUAGGCAUUUUUCUCACAAUUUCUUUUGCUCUCUGUACCAUGUGGGCUAACCACGUCAUAGUUCAUUAACCCUUCAUCUCCUCUAGUCUCUUUCUCUUUCUUUUGUCUCUAACCAAAGGAUUUAAUUUAACGGACAGCUCCAAUUGAUCUUGUCCCCGUUAAUCAUUUUAGGACAUUGAUUAUCCAAAUAUACUUGUAUUUAUUUUAUUUUGACGCACUUGUUAUUUGAUUAAGAAUUAAUUGUAUUCAAUUGACAUAUAGUGAA